AUAGCAGCGCGUUUUGCUGUGCGGUGUAGUUGAUGGUUGUUGCAGCGGUGGAUACGGUACACAUGCAGGAGAUCUGCAGCCUGAACCCGGAGCACAGGUACAGAAUAUCAGAGCGUAUUAUUUGGAGCGCUGGUCCCUCUGAACAGCUUCACCCUCUGACUGAUAAUGACUGCAGGCUCCAUCACAGCUCCGUUCAUCAUCCCCAUCCGAGUGCCGCCUCCUGGUAAAGCCAAGCAUGAGAUAGACACCAGCACACCUGUGGAGAUUAAAUCAGACUCUCCUGAUGUGAGUGUUUUCUACACGCUGGACGGGAGUAAACCGGAGGUGUUGAGGAGGCCGGAGGUUAGAGGCAGCAGCACCAUGACCUACAGCGAACCCAUAUACCUACCCAGCGGGAAAGUGUCUGUGAGAGCGCUGGCCGUCACCAGUGAUGGUCGGCAGAGUGCUGUUGUUACUAAAGUCUUCGUGGUGGAGCAGAUUCCCUCCGAGCUGCAGGACUACGAGGAAAACCAGCUGGAUUCCUCCACCCAGCAGAAUCAUACCUCCUCUCCGAAUGGAGAUGCAGAGGCCUCUGGAAAACACUUGGAUAAUUCUUUCAGUGGAUCCCGUCGGGUUCGAAAAGGCCCUCGGUUUCUUUCCCAGCGAUUAAACUCAGCAUCUGGGUCCCAGCCCACAAAACACACACAGAGCACAGCUGCGGUGGAAAGCAUCUUCAAAAAUUUAACCAGCACUCAGAAGUCCCGCAUUCAGCUUGAGACAGAUUUCCUAAGGUGCACCACUUGUUUAAGCCAUCGACCAUCGGACCCCUUCGCACGGUUCUGUUUACACUGCGGAGCUCCGGUUCCGCCCAUUCCAGGACAGAGACUUCCUCCUACUGAGGGAGGACGGAUGAUGCUGUGUGUGCAGUGUAAGAGCAUGGUCCCGGCGAACACGUCGUCGUGUGUGGUGUGUGAGGUACCGCUGGCUCCACAGCUUCAACCACAGGCCAGCCUGAGACUGCAGGACAAACUGAUCUGUCAGUCAUGUGGAACAGGAAACCCCGCCCACAUCACUUACUGCGUGACCUGCGAGACCAGACUACCUCAAAUUGACAGUCCUGUACUGAGCAGUCAGAGUGCUCCUCCUCUACCCUGCACUGAGGGGAAGAUGGUUUCCUGCCCCAAAUGCAAGAGAGUGAAUCACUCGGACGCUCGAUUCUGUGACUGGUGUGGAGCCAAGCCUGGUCAUGUGAGGAGUUUGGUGAGAUGUUCUCAGUGUGGGGCGAGCAGUCACCCGUACUCUAACUACUGCGGAAGCUGUGGUUUGUUUUUGGAAGGUCCACCUCGACCGCCCCCCCGCACCACACAGCCGGGUCCACAGGAGGGCGCAGUGGUGUCUGAACAGGCUUCAUCUGGAAGCACAUCCUGGCAGCCGGUCUCCGCUCCAGUAUCCUCUUCUGUGUUGGAUGUGGCGGCGGGGAGCGUGGCGGAGCAUUUGGACGCUCAGACUCAAACCACAGGGAUCUUCUACCCAUCAACCACCGAUCUGCAGAGGAGGAGCCAGAGGAGGGAGGAGGAGCUGAACAGACAGGAGAAGAUGAGCGACAGGAAACCUCUUCUGACCGCCAUCAGCCCCGGACGAGGGUACUGGAGGAAGCAGCUGGAUCAUAUCUGCGCUCACCUGCGCAGUUAUACGCAGAACAACAGUGAGUUCAGAGCUCUGAUUGGAGAGCCAAGGAUGGGCAGGCUGGUUUCUGUAGUUAUUGAAGAAGACAGUUAUGAAGUCAGCCUGCGUAUUAAUUUCAUCUCUGCUGCUCCACAAAGACCCACGUCAUGUGCUACAGGGCAGAUGAAUGGAUCUGUAUAUGAGGGUCACAGUCUCAGUGCUGUUACUGAGGGGCGAGCCACCCGAGCAACAAGCCUGUCCAGCAUCGUGAAUGAGAAUGGGACGAACACCAAGAACCAGAGAAAGAGCCACAGCUCAGCCGUAAGAGAGAAACCCACGACAUCAUCAGACGCUAAAAACAGCCUGCUGCUGAAGGAGGUGGGGCCGGAGGGGAGUGGCCGAAUCUCUGUGGUGCAGCAGCUAUUGGACGAGGGUGCUGAUCCGUCAUGUCUGGGUACUGAUGGUCGUCCUGCUCUGGUUGCCGCUGUGAUGAACGGACAAUGUGACAUCAUCCCCGUACUGGUGCAGAAAGGUGCAGACAUCAACCAGCAAUCUGGACUGUUAAACAACACAGCCUUGCAUGAAGCUGCAGCUCUUGGGAAUGAAGGCCUUCAGAGUGCUGAAAUCCUGCUCGGGUGCAAUGCCAGUUUAAGGACCCUUAACGCUCACGGUCAGGUACCAUAUGACGUGGCCCAAUCAACCAACUGCAGCGCAAUGAUCUCCCUGCUGACCACGCCCACUGAGUGGGGCAUGACAUAAAUGCAUCCCAACGUUACGUAUUCUCCUAAUUUGUAUGCAAGUAUGAUCUCUGUAUGUUUUUUUUUAUACAUACGAGAGCACUAAUAAACUAUUAAAAUGUUAAA